AUGGGUUCAAGAAGCGAACUUCAAGUUGGCUUCUACUCCGACAAGUGUCCAUUCGCGGAGGCGACCGUCGAGGCUGCUGUGGUGGACGCUGCGGUAGUCAACCCUAGGGUUGCCCCGAUUCUGCUCCGCCUUCAUUUCCACGACUGCUUCGUGGAGGGCUGUGAUGGAUCCAUACUGAUUACAACCGGCGUACAGGAUGCUGAAAUUAGUGCAUCCGCACACCAAGGGGUAAUGGGGUUCGACGUGAUCGCGAAAGCGAAAGCGGCAAUCGAAGCUCAGUGCCCGGGGGUCGUGUCGUGCGCUGAUAUCGUGGCGAUUGCCGCUAGGGAUGCCGUCGCCUUGGCCGGAGGUCCGACUUAUGAGGUCGAGACCGGUAGAAGAGACGGUAGGCUUUCCAGUGCAAAUAUGGCAUGGCGCAUGCCACAAUUUCACGAUUCCGUCCACACGCUUCGGUUAAAGUUCUUCGAGAAAGGACUCACCGAAGCCGAUCUCGUCUUGCUAAGUGGGGGAGCACAUACGAUCGGUACUACAGCCUGUUUUUUCGUCAGAGACAGGCUGUACGCCUUCAUGGGUACAAAUACAUCCGAUCCAACAAUUAGCCCCGCUCUGCUACCUUCACUAGAGCGCCAGUGCCCAAAGGACGGAAGUCCAAUGGAUCGACUACUUCUCGAUCAAGUGACUGGAGAAAGAUUCGACGUCCAGAGCUUGAUCAACAUUAAGAAUGGGCUCUCCGUCCUGCCCUCAGAUUCCAUACUGUACGACAACAACAUCACCAAAUCCGUUGUCGAUUUCUACAGUGUCGACAAAUCCUCAUUUGCAGAGGAUUUUGCGGUGGCUAUGAUCAAAAUGGGUAGAAUCGACGUCAAUACGGGAACCGAGGGAGAAAUACGGCAAGUCUGCGAAACUGUGAAUCCAAGUCAGAUUUGCCCCCCAUUCACUUCAACGGGCUCUAGGCUGAUAUCAGACCACCUUUUAUUGGCCUUACUAUUUUUAGUAUUGUUUUGUUUUUAUUAGUGUUUUUACUCUAUCUGCAGAGU